AUGGUGGUUGGAAUGCAUCCGGAGCCCAUCAAUGGGCGCGAACUCUCCGCGUACGAGUACAGCGAAGCCGGCGUCAUCUCGGGCCUCAUGACUCGGGCCAUCAUUCAGCCGUUGGACGUGCUGAAGAUCCGGUUUCAGGUGAGGUUUUGCAACUUUUUGUUGGUUUUCGAUAUUUAGGUGCAUGAUGAAGAAUAUUGGCGAGAUUGUGAUGAAGAUGGAGGGAGAAUAGGAGAUUUUUGGCUUUGUUAGCUGUAGUUUUUCCUCUUAUUUUUGUUGACAAUAUGGACGUGGAAUUGAAAACAAAUUUCACAACAGUUUUAUGAUCUUGAAAUUGAUGGCCAUGGAGAAUAUAAAUUUGACGGCCUUAAGAACCCAGGUUGCUUCUAGGUUACUUAGAAAGGUGCCUGAGGUAUUAGAAGUUGUUUUUCUUGAUGUGUGUCUCUGUUUCGGUCCAUUUUUGUUAAUCUAGGUGACAUAGACAAUACAGGGUGACCCAAAAUAACGGAGACAAAAGAUUUCCCGUUUUUUCUGCGGCCUAUGAAGAUUCAUGAGUGAUUCCUUAUUUAUGCUACAGUACCACGUUAGUGUAGUUUUAUAUACCGGAAGUUUUGUUGUACGACGCUCUUGUGCCUUGAACCACAUCAAUAUAUCCGAUUGACUCGGACCUUUCUGCCCGUGGGGUCUUUUUGCAAGAAAGCUGCCUUACUCAAAAAAGAAAAUUCGGAAUAGUUUGAGAUUUGCUGUCCUUAAUUAUCACAAUAUGGCCUUUAAAACGAGCCAUCAUACUAAGCUCAACUAUCGAUGGUUCAAAAGUUACAGCCGAGUAUUUUCAGGGAGUUGAAGUGCAAAAAUCGGCCUUUUUUGAAAAUGUAUCGGUAAAAAGGAGUUUAAAUGUUAGAUAAGGCAAAAUGUAAUAUGAGUUACUAGAACAUGAUUAAAGGAACACCAUAGAACCAAAAGAGAAACAUUUUGUAACUGCUACGGAAUGUUAUUUGGUAAUCACUAGAAUUGUGCUUUAUUUUUGCCUUAGGCGGAAUACCAGUCGAGCCGGUCACACAUAAAGACCGAAAGUGCCCUAGGCCGAUUCUCAAGAGUCGUAUUCAUAAGUGUACAAGAGCAGAAUGCGCCGUUUUUAUCUAUCUUGUCAUUUUGUUAUCGAUAACCCAUCUUUCUCAAAGCCGCGUGCCAUGGGUAGUUCUGGGCGAGAAACUUGUCAAGGAAAAUCUGUUGCAACCAGCAAGCAAUCACAGCUUUUUCCAGAAUUAUUGUAUUUAUGAAUAGAAUACGUUCUAGCGGUUUUAGCUUUAUUCUAAAAAAACUGAAUUUUUUAUCGAAAAAAUUUGGAAAAAAUGGCGAUCUUCAAUGUUGAGAUUGGUACCACCGCAGAAAUAAAAACCGUAGCCCAGAAACCUACAUAACUGCUUGCUUAGAGACGUAGUAGUCUAGCAAAACAAAUGAACUUGCCAUUUCUGCAGCUGUAGUACAGCCAUGCUCUACACAAUACAAAGGAACCAAAAUUGAGGGCCAAAAAAUGGCGCAAGGCAUUUUUGUUAAGCUGUAACUUUUUCCUGCGACAUGACGACUCCGCCAAAUUUUCGUGGAUUAUAGAGAAAGUCUUAUGGAAUAUUACCCACUGUCGCUUGUGUUUCUAUAACGCCUGUGUUUCGCGGUGGGCCCUUCCAAAAUUUGUCUCCGUUAUUUUGGGUCACCCUGUAUUUGAUCUAAGAAAAUAUAAAUUAUUAUUUACUGUUACAAGUUUUGAAAUUCCGCUGAGAUCUCCAACUGUUUUUCAUACUAGAUUGCAGAGUUUUCACCUUUCUAUCGUCAAAAAAGAUUCACAUACCUCAUGGAUAAUAUAAUUUUCUCUCAAAACUUACCGAUUUUCUAUUCCAGCUUCAAGAAGAGCCCAUGAGAGGCCAUCAGAAGGGAAAAUACAACACCGUCUUCCAAUCGGUCCGGCUAAUAUGGAAGGAAGAAGGAGGAACAGCGUUUUGGAAAGGUGAGAUUCACAAUAUUUUGGUCACAAUUACCAGCCUCGAGUAGCAAAUGGCCCAAAACAUGGCCAUAAUUGUUCUAUUCCGCUGGAAAAUCAUAUUUUAAGUCGAGUUUCUCCUGGAAUCGUUCAAAAAAUUUGAAUUUUGAUCCGAUUUUGAGAACUUGGCUACAUUUUUUGAUACGUUUGUAGAAAAGUACGGCGUAUUUUACAACUCAAGUUUUCUCAGAAAUUUUGUUAUGAACAAUGAUAACAACGUUUUUUGUGUAAAGAUGACCUUGUGAUGAGCUGAGUCUAGUGUAAUAUAAAUUUCCCCCUGAUCAGCGCUUUUCCCCUCAAACACGGCCUUGUACGACCGAAGUUGAUAAGAGUUUUGACUGAAAGUGCGGUUUGAGUACAUCCAAAAUUAAUUGAGAACAAUUUAAAGUUAAUUUUUGUGGGAAAUUUGGCUUUAGGCGAUUUGUACAAUGUUAUCUGUGAUGGAAAGCAAGUGAAAAUGGCUUUGAAAUCAAUUUAAAAUAUUUUUUGUGGACCGCAGACACUUUUUGGGUAUAUUCCCUUAGGGGAUUUAACUGAAAAUCUUGAUUUUUGUCCUUAAAAACGUAAAAUUUGAAAUUUUUUGGCUACGGAUUAAAUCUUCUGUUUUGAAAGUGAUUUUCAGACAUUUUUUUGUUAUAUGCCCUAACAAGGGAUCGGCAAAUAGUUGCACCCUGCUUUCUUAACGAAACAUAUAUCAUUUGAAAGAGCAUUAAAAAUAGUGUACAAAGCAGAAAAAAUUAGCUGCCCAAUAUAUGUUUGGGCAAAGUUAUGGCCGUUUUAUUAAAGGGGUCGUAUGCUGCCAAAACGCCGGUUGCUUAUAUUACAGUAAUCCUAGCGGUCUGAAAUCGUUUCCAUUGAUUUCUUAGCAUCCCAAAACGUCUAUCACGGACGUUUUAUGGAUUUACCAUUCCUCGGUUAUGAGUUAUUAGACAUUACUGCUAGUUACAAAAAAUUGUAAAUAAAACUAGGUUAAUGGGAAAAUUGGAGCAAAAAGCUUUGGAAAUACAUUCAUAUCAUCACCGUGGUCAUUCACAAACAAAAAUCUCAAAAUCAAAAAUUUUGUAUGUCCUAGCCUUACCAACGAUUAGUCCACUAUGUCAACAAUAGCGUUUUUAGCCGAUUUUGCAAUUUUCUCUUGGUAUUUUUUCGAAAAAAUUUAUUUAUAUGUCCUUGUAAAUUGAAUUAUCGCCCAGUAAUUAUAAUCGGUCAGGCUACUGGCAUGACACCAUUGUAAUAAUGCGAUAGUGGCAACCCCACUCUCAUCACCAUCAAAUUUGUGGUCGUUUCAAAAAAAGCCAAAAACUCCCAAAAAUUCCGUAAAUAUGGAUUUUGUCUGUGAAGGAACAAAAAUUGUUUAAAAAUGUCAACAUACCAUGGUUUUGUGGUACAUAAGAAACGAAAUGCAAAAAAGUAACGGAGCCCGGAUUCGAAACCACGACUUGUUGCGCCGGAAGUAGGCUCACUACCACUCGGCCAACUGGACACAACUUCGUUGUAAUUCGAAGAGCCUUAUAAAGUGAGGCGGAAAUUAGGCUAAAAUCUGUAUUUUGGCCAUAACUUUGCCCAAACAUAUAUUGGGCAGCUAAUUUUUUUUGCGCUGUGUACUAUUUUUAACGCUCUUUCAAAUGAUAUAGGUUUUGUUAAGAAAGCAGGCUGCAACUAUUUGCCGAUCCCUUGUAAGGCAAUUUGAUAGAAAUUUUUUAUUUUUUGAGUAAUUUUUUUCUAAAAGUCAAAUUGUUCGAAUGUACCCCGUAUUUUAAAAUAUUUUUUUUUGUUUACUGUAGACACUUUUUGGGGUGUAUGCCCUUAGGGGAUUUAGCUGAAAAUCUUGAUUUUUACCAAAAAAAAUUUAAUCAUGCGUUUUGAAAGUGAUUUUCAGACAUUUUUUUGUUAUAUUCCCUAAGGCAAUUUGAUAGAAAUUUUUUAUUUUUAUUUUGAGAAAUUUUUUUGAAGUCAUAGCAUAAGAAUGUAUCCCGUAUUUUACCCCUAAAUUUUGCAGGCCACAUCCCGGCCCAAGGCCUCUCCGCCGUCUAUGGACUCAUGCAAUUCGCGACCUUCGAGGUCCUCACCAAAAAGGCCUCCCAAUUGGAGAGCAUCAAGAACAAUAAAAAGACCAACGACUUCAUCUGCGGCGCCCUAGCCGGCUGCGCCGCCAUGACCUCCGCCAUGCCCUUGGAUGUGAUCAGAACGCGGCUGGUGGCGCAGGGAAAGCCCAAAGUUUAUCACUCAACACUGGAUGCAGCCGUAAAAAUAUGGAAAUCCGAGAAAAUCCCCGGGUUUUUUAGGGGAAUUGUGCCGUCCUUGGCGCAAGUGGCACCCUAUACGGGACUGCAGUUUGCUUGGUACAACUUUUUUAAUAGGAUUUGGAACAAAUAUGUUGGACAUGGUGGGUUUUUGGGGGAAUUUUGGAGGGUUUAGGGUGCGAAAAGAGGCUUUUUUGAAAUUUGCACGGUGCAAAAAAAAGCGAAAUGAAUUUUGCACGGUGCAGCAGAAUUCGGGGUUUUUUUGCACUGUGCGGCCAGAGUUGAGCCCCUUUGCACGGUGCGAAAAAAGCAGAAAGAAAAUAUGCACGGUGCAAUUGAAUUUGGAAUCUCUUUUUGCACGGUGCGAAAAGAGGCUUUUUGGAAGUUUGCACGGUGCAGUUUCGUUUGGAGUUUGUUUUUGCACGGUGCGACAGAACUCGGGCUUUUGUUUUUUGCACAGUGCGGCCAGAGUUGAACCCCUCUGCACGGUGCGAGUGGAGUCGCAAAGGAUGUUGCACCUUUGAAUUUUUGCGACCAAUUUUUUUUUGUCGCAAAUUUCUCUUCAUCUUGCACCGUGCAGUUUUUUGUUUUGUUUUGCACGGUGCGCUGAAACUUGAAUCUUUUGUUUCGUUUUUGCUCUGCGGAUUCUCAUUUUCUUGCGACUUUUUGAUUGCACGGUGCAAAAGUUAAUCUUUAUUUUUCCGCACUGUGCAUUGAGAAAUCGUUUUUUUUUGCACUGUGCAAUAACUUUUUUUCUUCCAGAAGCCACUGGAGCAUUAUUUUGUGGCGCUGCAGCCGGGACACUGGCCAAAACUGUCCUAUAUCCAUUGGAUUUGAUCCGACACAGGCUACAGGUGGGGGUUUAUGUUGUUUUAGAUAUUAAUUUGAAUUUUUUUUUGUAUUUUUUUUGUAAAAUGAGUUUGAUUUUUGAAUAUUUAGGUAACGGCCGCUCUUCGACAAGGAUUUGGCAAGACUUCCGUCCACAAAGGAAUGAUUAGAUCGCUGCUCGGAGUGGUGAAACGAGAGGGUGCCCUGGGCCUGUUCAAAGGCCUGGCCCCAUCGAUGAUCAAGGCCGGAGCCAACUCGGGAUGCUCUUUUCUCUUCUACGAAAUGGCUUGCGACUUGCUCAGAAAAGUGAAUUAG